UUUUCUAUAUUUGAUUUGCUUGAGAGAAAGGUGAAUUGGGUAGUCCGAAGCAAUGGUAGUGAUCUGAUUGUGGUCGUUGGGAUGAAUGCUUGGGAGCCGUUCGAUGUUUUUAAGGGGUUAAGCAGCAAAAGGUAAAAGUGGAAUUUUCAUUUUUUACCGCCAGACAGGUUUUUUUUUGGCAGGAAAGCGGGAAGGGUGUUGUGUGCAGCAGCGGCGCUGUAACAUAGCUAAGCGACGGCCUCAAAAGCUCUUCCACCAAUUAGAUAUAUCAAAUACCCAAUGGGGAUGUGGGUCGCCUUUGGCUGUUGGUUUUGUGGGUAAGUUCUGCUCAAUAGUUGGGAUUUCUCUGCUGAAUCAUUGGGGUUUGUGGGUUAAUUCUGCCGAAUCAUUGGGAUUUUGGGAGUUGGGUCGGUCAAAGUUAUGCUGAAACGUUGAUAUAUAGUUGGGUCUGCUAAUGGAGACAAUGAGCUUGUGGGACAACUUGGUCGAAGAGGCACUAGCAAAGCUUCAAUCUUUGGAACUCCUCCAGCCUCUAAGACCCAUUCACCUCCCCAGUCACCAGCCACCAAAAGCCAUUGAAAAUGAAACUCAAUACUCCUCGAAUUCCGUACAAGAAGAAAAAGGAAACCAAUUCUUCCAGGUGUUUGAUAAAAUGCAGCCCUGGGACCGGUCCUCUGUGGAGGUUCAGGUGGCAGAAGAAACGUUUCAAAGAUGGAUCCGAGACCUUCCCAGUACUGGAGACGAGGCUUUGUGUGGAGAUGAAGUAACUGAUAAUGAAGAAAAAGCUUGUCCUCAGCAUUCCAAAAGGCUACUUCUGUUCUCUGGAAAUGAUUAUCUAGGCUUGAGCUCACAUCCGACAAUUGGAAAUGCUGCUGCAAAGGCAGCCCAAGAACAUGGAAUGGGCCCAAGGGGUUCUACUCUAUUUUGCGGCUAUACCAAUUACCAUAAGCUACUAGAGUCAAGCUUGGCAAAUCUGAAGAAAAAAGAGCAAGUUUUUGACAACAUAAUAAACAGAGAUAUACCUUGGCCCAAGAUACCUGAGGAGAUGAGCAAUGAAGCGUAUGAUUUGGUUGACAAAUUUCUGACUGAAAAUCCAGUGCAAAGACUAGGUGCAACAGGAGCCAGGGAGGUGAAGGCACAUCCUUUCUUCAAGGAUAUUAAUUGGGAUACACUUGCAAGGCAAAAGGUCAUACAUUUUAACUUUGUCCAAGUUUUUUGACAAUUAGAGUAACUACAAUUGGUCACCUCCUCCUACCUUUUGAGAAGAAAAGUAAGGGUAGUCUUCUAUUCCUAUAUGCACUAAUGUAAUCAAAGCAAGUAUGUUGGAAUGGUGAUUAGGAGAUGGUAUUUGAAGUUUUUUUUAAUUAUUUAUUUUCUUGUUAAUUCCUAGUUGGGAGACUUUUACAAAAAAAACUUGCCCCCCUGAAAUUUUUAUUGCUCCCCAAGAGAUUUUAUUCACCUUGUCAUUUUAAUGUCUUUGCUUACCCUUUCAGUCAAUCACAGAAGCAACAAAAGCACUUCCUCGUGCUAAUUAUAAUGUUUGAUUGGCUAUUGCAAAGACAUUGGUUUGCUACUUUAGAUGAAAAUCCAGGAUUAGUAUGAUUCAAAUUUCCACCCUACCUUAGCAAUUUAUUUUUCUUGUAGUUUGCUAG